UGCUCUCCGAGGUGACGAGGAGCCAGUCUUGCACAGGACACGAGGACGAACGGGUUCAUYGCACAUCUUAGUCCGAUAUCAAAUAGUACGCGCGGUACAUAUAAAUCAAGAUAUUAUAUACUGUGUUAUUGUGUUGUCAUAAUAUUGGCGGUAUAUCGCGGCAGUAAUCGAUCAAAGUCAGCAAUAUUUAAGUCAGUGCGGUUAGUGGCAAUUACUUUAUAUAUAAAGCAAAAUAAAUACUCUGAAGGAAGUCCAAACCGUACGGUGGUGACUCUGAAAACCUUCCUUGUGGGUACAUUUUUAUUUCUAUUUCAUUCGCCGCGCAAUUAUUCAAAAGACCACCGAAAGARUCACGAUGAAGAUCGAAAACGACGCGGAUCCUUACAUGUGGUUUGCCGACUGUCUGGGACCCGAGCCGCAGGACUGGAUGAAGGACGUGGGGCUGGAUUGGUUUGACGAGGAAUUGUUGGGCCGACCCGAAUCGCCCGUGCCUUCAGCACCAGUGCCGCCACGACCCGCAGCUGCGGAAAACAGCGAUGACCACCGGAGGUACCGCGGCGGUUACCCAUCGUAUACCAUCGAGUCGUCUGCGUGGCUCAUCCAACAACACCAACGGUCGACCGACUCCGGGGACGACAACGACGAAGACGACUCGUUGCCACCGCCCGUUUUGCCACCCAUGAUACCCGGCACCAGGAGUUUCUCCGACCAACUGCACAGGAUACGGAAACCAUACGCCUUAGGCUCACCACCAUCAACCUCAGCUCCUGGAUUAUUGGAAGUCCAAGAUUUUGAUUCAUUUGGACACACAAUUAUCGCCGACGAUGAAGUUUGUUUUAACAUACCAUUUUUAAUGAACGAACAGGAUGAUAAAUCGUUACUCGCAUCAGAUAAUCAGGUGGUGAUGGCCAAGGACGAUUGUGAUGCUAUAAUGUUCGACACAUUUUUGGAGCCACUUUACCAAGGCAAUCCCUGCGACGGAGUGUUGGCGUGCGAAUGGGAAGGGUGCACGGUAAAAGUCGAUGGGCCAGGUCAAGAACCGCUGGUGCGGCACAUCGAGAAACUACACGUGGACACCGCUCCCCGGGGCGCCUGCGCGCAGUACACGUGCCAGUGGCGGGGCUGCCCAAGGCGCGUGCGUCCGUUUAACGCCCGGUACAAGUUGCUCAUACACAUGCGAGUGCAUUCGGGUGACAAGCCAAACAAAUGCACGUUUGCUGGCUGUCCAAAAGCAUUCUCUAGAUUAGAGAAUUUAAAAAUUCAUCAGCGGUCACACACCGGUGAAAAACCAUAUUCGUGUCAAUUUUUGGGUUGCUCAAAAGCAUUUAGUAACAGUUCGGAUAGAGCGAAACAUCAGAGAACACAUUUCGAACAGGCAAGUGAAAAAUGUUGA